AUGGACGGCGCCCCCGAGCAGUCCAAGAGCGCCUUGAAGAAGGCCGAGAAGCAGGCCCGCCUCGCCGCCGAGAAGGCUGCAAAGGCCGCCAAGCAGGCUAGCCUUCCCGUCGUUGGAGGCAAGAAGACGGACGACAUCAUCGGCAUCACUGUUUCCAAGGCUGAGAAUUUCCCACAAUGGUACCAGGAGGUUGUCCUCAAGGCCGAGAUGGUCGAGUACUAUACCGAGAUCUCGGGUUUCUUCGUUCUCCGUCCUCUCGCCAUGCACAUCUGGAAUGAGAUCCGAAAAUGGUUCCAGGCCCAUAUCGAGGAGAUGGGUGUCGACGAGACCAACUUCCCCAUGUUCCUUUCCUCCAAGUCGCUCGAGAAGGAGAAGGAUCACGUCGAGGGUUUCGCCCCUGAGUUGGCUUGGGUUACCAAGGCUGGCGACAAGGACCUCGAGGUUCCCGUUGCAGUUCGUCCUACCUCCGAAGCCGUCAUGUACCCCUACUACUCCAAGUGGAUUCGCAGCCACCGAGACCUUCCCCUCCGUCUCAACCAGUGGAACUCUGUCGUCCGCUGGGAGGCUAAGCAAACUACCCCUUUCCUUCGAACUCGAGAGUUCCUCUGGCAGGAGGGUCACACUGCUCAUCUGACUGAGGAGCUUGCUGGCGUUGAGGUGCUGGAGAUCCUUGAGCUCUAUGCCGGUGUCUACGAGAAGCUCCUUGCCGUCCCCGUCGUUCGCGGCCGAAAGACUGAGAAUGAGAAGUUCGCUGGUGGUUACUACACUACCACUGUGGAGGGUUAUAUUCCUUCCAACGGCCGUGGUAUUCAGGGCGCUACCUCGCACGCCCUCGGCCAGAACUUCAGCAAGAUGUUCGAUAUCACCGUUGAGGAUCCCCACAACAAGGGCUCUCACAUUCACGUCUGGCAGAACUCUUGGGGUCUGUCGACCCGUGUCAUUGGCGUCAUGGUCAUGAUUCACGGUGACGACAAGGGUCUCGUCCUUCCUCCCCGUGUCGCCAAGACCCAGGCUAUUAUCAUCCCUGUCGGUAUCAACAAGAACACCACCCCCGAGGCCCGCAAGCAGCACGAGGAGCAGGUUGAUGAGAUCCGAGCCACCCUCAAGAAGGCUGGUGUCCGUGUCGAGUCGGACUGGCGGGAGGGUUACACUCCUGCUUGGAAGUUCAACGACUGGGAGCUGAAGGGUGUUCCCGUCCGACUGGAGUUUGGUCCCAAGGACGCUGCUAAGGAGGUUGUCAGCUAUGCUCGACGUGACACUGGUGAGAAGGGCACCAUCCCUAUUGCCGAUAUCGCCACCAAGAUCCCCGAGCUUCUCGACACCAUCCACGACGACAUGUACAACAAGGCUGAGACUGCCUUCCGGGAGCACCGCCUCAAGAUCACUAACUGGGACGAAGUCCUCCCUGCCCUCGACAACAAGAACGUUGUUCUCAUUCCUUUCUGCGGUGAGCCCAAGUGCGAGGACCGCAUCAAGGAGCUUACCACCCGUGCCGACGACCAGCCUGAUGUCCCCGACGGCCAAAAGGCUGCCACUAUGGGCAUGAAGAGUCUUUGUGUUCCUUUCGAGCAGCCUGAGGGUAUUGUCCCUGGCGAGACCAAGUGUCUCAACCCCGAGUGUGAGAGCAAGGCGGAUAAGUGGACCAUGUUUGGACGAAGCUACUAG